ACAACGAUCGAUUAUUUAUUUACAAAUUAGUAAAUUAUUAGUUUAUUGUUUGUUUGUCUGAAAAAAAGAUUACGGAAGAAAAUAUAAUAUGCCAAUGACUCAAAGGUGAUAAAUUAUAGGCGAAUAUAAACGCAGACUGUGGUACUGUGGAAAUAAUUAUUACUAAAACUUACCUUAUUUUUUAUAUUAAUAAUAAUGGGAAGUUUAAUAUCAAUUAACAUAGAAGAAUAUUAUAAGAAGAAUGAAAAAUUCUUACAAAGCCUGAAUGAAAUUGCAAUUGAGAGGCAGAUCCAGCUACAGAACCAAAUGGCAGAAAGACAGAGAGCUACAGCACUAGCCAAGAGUAGAGAUAUAUUUCUAUGGUUUAGUACAUUUUAUGUCACAUCAGCAGCUGGUUUGUUAACUGGAUUCCGAAGAACUAAAAGGGCUUACUUCCUGAUACCACUUAUACCACUGACUUUUGUUGAUUUGUAUUACUGGGAUCUUGCUUACGGGAAUAAGCUACACAGAAUAAGAAUGGAAGCGGAACACAUUAUGGCUCACGAGGCGGAUGUCCUGAGAGUGCCGUGCGGGCUACCGACCCCGUCCUCAAUAGACCAGGGCCGGCUGUGUGAAGAGGAAUCAAAAAAAAUCCACCCUCCAAUGCCUUAAGUAUCCAACGCACAGUUCCUAAGAUUAAUGCUUUAUAGUUUGAUAAGGAUACAGUUGUAGCAGUAACACAUAAUCUUGAUAUUUAAAAUGUAAUUGUUGUGGCAAACACUUCAAAUGAAACUGUUACUAGUUUUAAAUGCUUAAAUAUGCCGUCAGCUAUGGAUGCUGUAAAUAGUUGAAAUAUUCUUUUUUUUUAUAAAAAUAAAGGACGAGACGAGCAGGAUGUUCAGCUGAUAGUAAUUGGUACGCCUGCCCAUUACAACGCAGUGCCAAUCAGGAUUACUGAAAAACCCAAAAAUUCUGAGCAGUGACUGAGUUCGUCACCUUGUGACAUAAGUUGUCAAGUCUCAUUUGCCCAGUAAUUUCACUAGCUACGGCGCCCUUCAGACCGAAAAACAGUAAUGCUUACAUAUUACUGCUUCACGGCAGAAAUAGGCGCCAAAUUCAAAGUCAGAUAACUUGACCGGGGGAAAAAAUGAAUAUUACGUCCAUGACCUAGAUCCAUCAUUAAAGUGGUUUUGAUUUGAUGAUUGUUGUUGAUGCCGUUGCAUGUCUAACAGAAGUAAUGGGCAAUAAUUGUUAGUGACAUUACUGGCCUGAUGAGAGUUCACGUGUUAUAUCUCAAAAGAAUAUUUAAAAAAUUAUAGACUAAAAACCUAUUAAUUUAUUUCGUCUCAAUAAUGUACUACUAUUUAUGUUUGCGUCUUAAAACAUAUGAAUAAAAUAAAAUAUUUAACUGUUUUUUUUGCUCCCAGUACCGUGUGGGUAGUGGGGACAUAAUAGAAAAUAUUUAUUCAGUAUGAUAAAUACAUGAAAAUAAUAUAAAUAAGUAAGGGAUAGGCAAUUAUAAAAUUUGUAAUACUUUCUAAUUUAGAUCACUAUGGCUCACUGAUGUAGGUGACUUAUAGUGAUAUCAACAAGUUUCAACAGUCGCCAUCAAUAUGAGAAUCUAAUAAAUAAGUAUAUUCGGAUGUUGAUCAUGAUUGUUCUUUCCAUUUAGGGUUGCCAGCUCUUUGACGGUCAAUAAUAGUAGUUCUAAAAUUGUUACCUACAAAAAUAGUAAAUAACGAAAAGAUGGAAAAAAAAUAUUGUAGGUUCCAAAUUAGGUAACUAACCUACUUACUUAAUUGCUUAACAGAAUAAUUUUUGCUACUUUAAGCUUUUAUUAAUAAUUUUAUUGCAUAUCUCAUAGUUAUUCAUUUUGCCAGUUACAGAAAAUAUAUUGAGCGAAGAAAUUAUAUUAUUAUUUUUAAAGAAAUCUACAUUACUGAGAUUUUGUUGCCAUUCUUCAACUGUAGUAGUGUCUAGUAAUACCACUGCUAUUAUUAACAUUGUUUUUAUCAACACUUAAUCAUUUUUGAAAUAGAAAAUAUUCAAGUUCUGCUCUUCAAUAAUUCCUUUUGUGGAAGAGACAGAAAUAUAGUUGUUGGGCCUGUAAUACAGUAGGAUACUAUAUUAAAUAGUAGGGUUGGCAAUUCUAUUUCGACCCCGGAUAUAAUUACAAUAUAUUUCUACUUUUUAGAGGAGUAAAUAAAUUGUUGCAUUUUGAAAUAUUAUUAUAUUACUUUUGUUAUUCAUUUAUGUAUUUAAGUGUGAUAAAUAAUGUCUAUCUUAUUAUGAAAGGAAAAUAAAAUAAUGUAAUCGUGUUUAUAAGCUGAAAUUUACACCGCCUACCGAAAGUAAAAGCUUACUAUUACCUUAUUACCAAACGGUAAGCGCAUCAAUUAUAAUAUUAUGUUCCUGAGACACUUGUCCCACCAGGUACCAGGCACCAGUCAAGGCCUACGAUGUCGUCAUCGUAACGUCAUGUCAUCGCUCGCUAGUGCGUGUAGAUCCGAUAGUUUUGUGUCUGCCAUGCUAUGGUAACUUACAACAUUCAUUUUUUCACUGAAACUAACGCCAUCUGUAUGCGGAUAUAGAAACGGAGUUUGAAAGUUUGACAGUUCUUACUUCUUAUACGUUUUAAGUACAAUAUUUUAUUUAUUGCAAAUGGCGUCUGCUUGAGAGCAGCUACUGCUUACUUGUGCUUUUCGCAUUUUGAAAUACAUAAACUCCUUGUUACGUGGAUUAACUCAGAGUACUUUUAGUUAGACAACAAAAUAGAAAAUAGGAAAAACAAUGCAAAUUUUGCAACAAUAUUUAGAUAAAUUACUCACGCAUUCAUGUAGACUGUAAUAUACACACAUAGGAAAAGUUGCACUAUCCGACUUCCAGAUGGCGCUAACGGGUAAGUAAAUUUCAAGUGCCGAAUUGCCUAUGUAUGUCAGCAUAUUAUUAUUACUCUUAUCUAUGGUGUCUGCCGGUCAUAGUUCACAAUGUGGUCGGUUGCUUUGAGUGUUUCCGACCGCCACGCGACCAUUAUCUCUAACGGAGCAGUAAAAGGCAUAAAAGGCAUUUAUUUUCUCAAAAUUGAUUUCUUUAGAAUUCUUUUUGAUGUCAUGUCUGAUAUAGUAGAUACUGCUACCGCUUCAGAAACAAAUGGCGCUCUGAGAGAGAAGAAGCGGCGCAAGAAACUAUUAGCAUUCUUUUUUUACGCUCUUUUUAAUGAAAUAUACAAUAUUUAACUGUCAUUGCUAUUGCUAUAAAAUAAUCAUAAACUAGUCCCAGGCUGUCGGAGAAGUAGUAGUUUUUACGACAGAUCCUUUUUUUAAUAAAACAUUUAAAUUCAUUUAUAGCUAAUGCAUGAACAUUGGCUGGGACUUUAUUAUAAAAGUGUAUACAUUUACCCUUAAAGCAAUUAUGUAUCUUAUGAAGUUGAGUAGUUGUCGGCAGUGUGAACAGUCAGCGAUAAACUAUUAAUAUGCGUGUCUCCUUUAUUCACACGGGAUCUUAAUCUGUUGUGCGUGUCCUUAGCGAGAUAAUAGUUGACAUGAUAGUUGUCGCAAUAGUUGACAUCAUAUUUGUUGCAACGGUUGACAUGAUAUUUGUUGCAAUAGUUGACACGAUAGUUGUUGCAAUAGUUUACAUGAUAGUUGUUGAAAUAGUCGACAUGAUUGUUGUAAUGAUAGUUUUCGCAAUAGUUGACAUGAUAGUUGUUGCAAUAGUUGACAUGAUAGUUGUUGCAAUAGUCGACAUGAUUGUUGUAAAAAUAGUUUUUGCAAUAGUUGACUUGAUAGUUGUUGCAAUAGUUGAGAUAAUAUUUGUUGCAAUAGUUGACAUGAUAGUUGUUGCAAUAGUUGACAUGAUAUUUGUUGCAAUAGUUGACAUGAUAUUUGUUGCAAUAGUUGACAUGAUAGUUGUUGCAAUAGUCGACAUGAUUGUUGUAAAUAUAGUUUUUGCAAUAGUUGACUUGAUAGUUGUUGCAAUAGUUGAGAUAAUAUUUGUUGCAAUAGUUGACAUGAUAGUUGUUGCAAUAGUUGACAUGAUAUUUGUUGCAAUAGUUGACAUGAUAUUUGUUGCAAUAGUUGACAUGAUAGUUGUUGCAAUAGUCGACAUGAUUGUUGUAAAUAUAGUUUUUGCAAUAGUUGACUUGAUAGUUGUUGCAAUAGUUGAGAUGAUAUUUGUUGCAAUAGUUGAGAUGAUAUUUGUUGCAAUAGUUGACAUGAUAUUUGUUGCAAUAGUUGACAUGAUAGUUGUUGCAAUAGUUGACAUGAUAGUUGUUGCAAUAGUUGACAUGAUAGUUGUUGCAAUAGUUGACUUGAUAGUUGUUGCAAUAGUUGAGAUGAUAUUUGUUGCAAUAGUUGACAUGAUAUUUGUUGCAAUAGUUGACAUGAUAGUUGUUGAAAUAGUCGACAUGAUUGUUGUAAAAAUAGUUUUUGCAAUAGUUGACAUGAUAGUUGUUGCAAUAGUUGACAUGAUAGUUGUUGCAAUAGUCGACAUGAUUGUUGUAAAAAUAGUUUUUGCAAUAGUUGACUUGAUAGUUGUUGCAAUAGUUGAGAUAAUAUUUGUUGCAAUAGUUGACAUGAUAGUUGUUGCAACAGUUGACAUGAUAUUUGUUGCAAUAGUUGACAUGAUAUUUGUUGCAAUAGUUGACAUGAUAGUUGUUGCAAUAGUCGACAUGAUUGUUGUAAAUAUAGUUUUUGCAAUAGUUGACUUGAUAGUUGUUGCAAUAGUUGAGAUGAUAUUUGUUGCAAUAGUUGAGAUGAUAGUUGUUGCAAUAGUUGACUUGAUAGUUGUUGCAAUAGUUGACAUGAUAGUUGUUGCAAUAGUUGACUUGAUAGUUGUUGCAAUAGUUGAGAUGAUAUUUGUUGCAAUAGUUGACAUGAUAUUUGUUGCAAUAGUUGACAUGAUAGUUGUUGCAACAGUUGACAUGAUAGUUGUUGCAAUAGUUGACAUGAUAGUUGUUGCAAUAGUCGACAUGAUUGUUUUAAUGAUAGUUUUUGCAAUAGUUGACAUGAUAGUUGUUGCAAUAGUCGACAUGAUUGUUGUAAAAAUAGUUUUUGCAAUCGUUGACUUGAUAGUUGUUGCAAUAGUUAAGAUGAUAUUUGUUGCAAUAGUUGACAUGAUAGUUGUUGCAAUAGUUGACAUGAUAUUUGUUGCAAUAGUUGACAUGAUAGUUGUUGCAACAGUUGACAUGAUAGUUGUUGCAAUAGUUGACAUGAUAGUUGUUGCAAUAGUUGACAUGAUAGUUGUUGCAAUAGUUGUUAUGAUAGUUGUUGCAAUAUUUGAUAUGAUAGUUAUUGCAAUAGUUGAAAUGAUAGUUGUUGCAAUAGUUGAUAUGAUAGUUGUUCCUUUCUCGCCGACGCGCCGGUGGGACAAGUGACUUAGAAUAAAAAGCAAUAAUCAUGUAAAUAUAAAUAUUAUCUUUUACUUGAUAUUCUGUAUGUCUAUCAUGAGAGAAAUUCUAUUGAUCAUUUUUGUAACUUUUAAAAUCAAUAAACUUAUACAAAUACUGUUUUCGGCAGGUUAUGUUAUAUUAACUGUGAUUAUAUUAAAUCUAUAGAACAGUAAUAUUAAUAUAUUAUAUUAACUAGAUUAAUUUAUUUUUAUUUUGUAUUAGCUAGGUUAUGAUUGUUCAUAGCAUUACUUUAUAAAGUGCUUUAUAAAUACUUAAUGCUUAUAUAAAGUGUAUUUAUAGUACACCGUAGUAAAGUGGUAUGAAUGGCCAUUUGCCACGUGACUUGGCGGGUUAGACUCUUGUGUAGACCCACUUAGAACGAGUCCUUUAUUAAUUUGUAAUUUUUUUUAAAGUGAUAACUCUUACUUCUGGGAUUAAAUACACAAAUAAAAUUUGAAAACAAGAUUUAAGAACGAUGCUGGACUCAAACCGCUACCUCUUGCGCUCGGUGCGAGUUCUCUUCCAACUGAGCCAACCGUUCGAGUGACGGAGUAUCGUUGAUAAAUCUUGUGUGCCUUGUUCUCAGGUUGAGGCUUAUGGUUCGAGUCCCGCAUCAUUCAUAAAUUUCUAUUUUCUUUUUUUGGCUAUUUAAUUGUGACGUAAAAUGACACAAAUUUUAUAUAAAAACCGUUAUAAUAUUUGUUUAAGGAACUUAUUACCUACCGUUAAAAGAUUGUCAAGAACUUUGAAAUAGUUCUCAUGUAUUCAAUUAUAAAGUUGAUUGUUAUUUGGUAAAGUUUUAUUAAUUUGUUUUUUUAUUUCCUCGUUAAGUAAGUAGUUCCAAUCACUAUGUAUCACGUGCGAGGAAGGGCGAUGUCCCAACUCAAGUGUAUCGAGGCCCUCGGCUCCACCUUGUGCCAACUAAUAACACCCUCGUAUCAAUCGCUACCAUUCUCCCCUUUGUGAUUAAUGUAGUAUAAUAACUAUUGUGUAUGUUCGUAUUGAUAAUUAUAUCUAUCACAUGUACCUUUUGAACUAAUUCGUCAUAAAUUAUUUUGUUUCAAAACGCAAUGUAGAACGUACAAUGGCACUCCAUACAAACCCAAGUGUUAAAUGGAUGUUUAUGUAUUAGUUAAUUACAGUAAAUUUUGUAUUUAUUAUUAUUUAAUGUAAAUAUUAAUGUCGUUUGUUUGUAAUUAAUUACUUAAAUAAUAAAUCGAGUGCUAUUGUAUGGUAUUUUCCUUAAUGUUUCUUACAAUAAAUAAAAAUAAGUAUAUGUAUUUAAUUAAGCAAAUGUUUCAUAUGUGUUUAUCAAAAAUGUCCAGAUAAGACAUAUAAUAUGUAAGUGUCUUGUUGUUAUUGAUUUAUUAUAGUAUUUGUUCUGUGAUAUUGUUAAAUGUAUAUUGUAGUGCAAUUGAUAUUAAAAUAACUAUAGUCGUUGGAAUAUUAAUGUAGCGGCGAGCCGCCAGUAGGACGUGACUUUAAUAGACGUGAUGACAGAUAUUGGAUUCCUCGUCUAGAAUCACAGUACACGUUUUCUUUAAAAAAAAACAGUAAUAAAAUAUUCAGUGAUAUAUGAUAUGAUACAUCAUAUACAUAAAAUUGUUUUAAAUAAAAAUAUACCGUCGAAUUGAGAACAUCCUCCUUUUUUGAAGUCGGUUAAAUAGUGGUUUUUAAUAAAGUAUCGAUGUGACAAGUCAUUAAAGUUAAACUAGCCAAAAUCUUGGUCGAAUUAACCAGUGGACACGAAACACAAGAAGACUGCUUUCCGGGUUAAAGGGUGACUAAACCAGUCCAAUACUGACAGCAGUGCUUCGAAAUCUAGUUAAGAAAUAUAAAUUACUUACUCAUCAUUUUUGACAAAUGUACCUAAAUGUACAAUGAGUACUUUUUAAAUUGACUUAUUAUUUUUUCUUAUUACCAAAUGUUAAAAGACACAAACAUUUUUAUGAUUAUGAUUUACUUCAUGAUCCCGUGUCAUACUGACAACACGAUAUUGCUUACUGAGGCUAUAAACACAGUAAUCUUUCUAUACAGUAGUCUAUCUUCAUACAAACGGCCGGAACGUAAGAUAUCUCUACGGCUUGAGUUCGGUAGACACUCGGUACACCAGAGAGUCGCGAGUGCGCCGCAGUGACGAAUGCACAUGUGAUGGUAUUGUGAGACCGACCAGACGUUUAAGGUCUUAUUAUUAAUCUACUGCCGAAAAAUUAGAAAUAAUUAAUAUUAUAGGUACCAUUUUAGGUAUUCAUCAUUCAUUUGAUGAUUUUGGUCAAUGGAGAAUAACAAAUUAUUGACUAAAAAAUACAACUAUUUUUUUAUUUAAAAAUACUUAUAUAUUUUUUUACAUUAACAAAACAAGAAAGAAUGAGUAGAUAUUGAAAUUAAAAUGCUCCGGCUUGGCGGACAGCCCUAUCGCUGUUUAACUAGCACGCGGCCGCACGCCGCCUUAGGUAAUAAUUACAAAGACCUGGCGGAGUUACAAUACUGUGUGAUAACCUACCAUGCUAUAGGCCCGGUUAGUGGCUAGAAGGGUAAAGCCUCCUCUCCACUAUCGGCGAUGCUAGUUACUUGAUCGUAUGUCAUCGGCAAGUUUAUCGUUGAUCAUCGUGCAAGCAUCUACACGAUCGUCCGUGAACAUUUAUUGAGUGGCACUCCUUCAAGAUGGACGUGGAGUUUAUGACUGCUGCUACCAUGAAUUCAAUUUCAGUAUACAAUAUUUAUGUUUGGGUUCCAUAUUUCUGGGUAGUUCUGUUAUAGUUAUAUGAAUUUAAAUUUCUUUUGACCACCCCGUUGUGAUUGUAAAGUCUGUACUUGUGCUAAGGAAAACAAAAUAACGCCGCGAUGACGACGUGAAGUACGUAUGGCUUCGCUCACUGUCCAGUUUUCUCCAUUAAAUGAAUAACCGGAUCGCGCACGCAACUACACGCGAAUUCCCUUUGAUGCGUGCUCGAAAAACCGACAAGUCACCGAUCGCCGCGAUCUCUAUGACGAUUAUAGACGAAAAUCGGCGACUAGAAGCGAGUAAGUCCUCCACACGAUCGUGCUCGCAUGUAAUCGCCGAUUGUGAAGAGGCGACAUAAAGGUAAAUACGCUCUCGCUACGGGUCCAGUGGUUAAUUCUUCGAAGGCCACUCGGCCUUGAAACUAAAAUAUAUAAGUAAAAUUUUUAUAGUAUUAGUAUUAAAAGCAUAAGAACAUUGUAAUUGUUCAAAUACCUACCUAGCUUCUAUUCAUAUUUAAAGUUCAAUAAAUCAUUAAAACUUUAA